CGAUUCUCUGUUAGGGAUACGCAUAGCCUACCGCCCGGUCCCAUACCACUACCCAUUGUGGGCAAUCUAUUGCCUAAAGAGUCCUUCAAUCGCAAUGAGUUGUCCGGUAGGCCUGACUCCAUGUUUGGCAAAUUAGUGUCUAAUGAUAAAUACACUGAUAUUUUAUUCGCCGACUUUGGACCCAAAUGGCAGGCCUUACGACGUGUGGCACACCUGGCGGUCAGGAAAUACUCGACAACCGAUCAAUUGGCGUAUUUGGUCAGUGAUGUGGUCGACCAGACU